UUGUGAGAGUUACACAAGGAGCAGUUACUGGCUCUCCCACUAGUCUCCUUCCAGCCACCGUCACGACCGAACGCUGGCUGAACGACGAUAUGAUCUUCAAUUGUAUCGACCGAGUUGUCGGGAACGCUUUGACUCAGUGCCAACUAUCGAACUGAAGCCGUCGUAGGAUUUCGACCGAAAGAAAUUGAGCAUUGCUGACCUUUUUACUAGAGUGUUGUUCAUUCUGCGCAGACGCUACAAUUCACGACAGCGUGGAGAAAAAAAGGUUUUCCCCCCAACAUUUUGCUAGAAUUCCUCUGACGAUUCGUGAAACAAAUCUGUGACGUGCGCAACUUUCUUAUCUGGGCAGCAGCUUAUAUUUUUAUCUUGUGCAGUCGGUGUUGUUGACGACUCGCUUGUGAGUUGAGUAUGACACAUUGUCUCGGUGUGGUUGCGAAAAUGAAGAGUCAGUCGUUCGUGGAUUGAUUGUCGUAACGUGUUUUAUCUCUAAACGCUACAUAUCGACGGCGUUGGUCGAUAUAUCGUGCGACUCAGCCUGGAAAAGUCUGCCUGCUGCCAAGACUAUAUAUCGAUCAAGCAACAAAGACGAAUGGUCUCGAGAUGGGACAAUCACUAAGCUUAAACAAUCAUCAACCCCCCAAUAGCCGACUGACUUCUCCGACCUCUCACCGACAAUCCCUUAAGCGCGUACACAGUGAAGAAGUCGGAGAUGGGAAAAGAACCAGCAUUUCGUUGCCCGCUUCGCCUUCCUUCCGCAGAAGAGCUGUUAGCGCCGAUCCUCAGCACGAACAACUCGAAUCGCCUAGCAAAUCGCCUCUGUCGUUUGAUUCGAUGCUGAAGAAUUUCGAAGAGUUUGCCCAACAUCAGUGGCCGACUUGGGCCAAACGAAGAGGCUGGAUCGCCGACAUCGCUCCCGAAACUGUUAAUCCAUCCACUGUCGCUACCGAUGACGGGAGCGGCCGCGUGAUUCAAGUCGACAAGGAUAAAUGGAUCUUCCUACGUCCCAGAAAGAAAUGCGCAACAUCCAUAAGUCCCAUGGGAGUCGCUAGCAUUCCAGUAGAAACGGUCAUCGAAGAAGAUGUUCUACUGGACUGCGCUGUGGGCAAAAUGGUGGAUAUCCUGCACAUCGACGAAACUCGAAUUGUGACUGGAAUCAAUGGUCAGAGAUCACGUCGUAGCAGCGGCUAUGCCUCUGCUUCCAGUUCACCGUCUGCGAUCAAAAGAAUAGCUGAGCCCUCAACUGCAUCGGUCGCCAUCACAACUGCGGGCGGUCAUCUGGUGGUCCCCGAAGAUUCAAACGAUGAUUGGAGGUUUUCAAGCCUUUAUGAAGUGACUCUUCGUUGGAUGUUUGAAGCCGAUUCUUGCGACUUGAUGAGCGACGCCUCCUCCAGCCAGCAGUCAUUUGAAAGCAAGGCCGUUAGUAAUAACCAAUCCGUCCUGAACGAUUCCGGAACUUCGUCCCUCGGAGAAAUGCGUCCGACCGAGGAAGAUUCAUUUCUAGCUGCUACCGAGUCGUCGUCAGAAACGAUUCGAAUUUACUUGCACUUCUUUUGCCGACAAAAAAACAAGUUACCCUCAUUUAUUGAUUUCCGUCCUAUCCCUCGUCCGACCUAUGACAUCGCUGCGGGUGUUUCUGACAACGCGGUGGUUCGUGAGCGACAAAUGUAUGCUCUUGUAUUUCAAGACGGAAGCCCCGGCCCCCAGACUUCAUUUCCGAGAGAUAUUGCGUGCAUCGAACUGGUACAACAAAUCGUGGAAGCCCAUCCUCAUCUUUCAGGUUGGGAACCAAAAAAACUGGCCAUCUAUGAAAAAAGCUGGCAACCGGGAAAAACCAGUCGAGCUCGACUUCGUCGCUUGAAUGAUUUCGAUUGUCCGCUUCUACUUGCCCAACAUUGGCAGGCCGAUGAUACCAAUCUCGAUGCCUCUAGCUGUGCCAAAACUCUAAUCCUUCAAGAAAGCCAAAAUGGAGACAUUCCGUGGGAGGAAUUUACAGUGGCUGAACUAUCAAGUUUCCUUAAGGUUUUGGAACGUGAAGAGAAAAAUCACGAAAUGCAGAUUCGCGAGAGAUACCAACUACUUAACGAGCGGCUACGAGAAACUAUGCAACUUUCGAAUCCAACAGCUUACAAAAGCAUUUCAAGUAAUCAAACCAACCACUUAGCAGUCUCAAAUUGAAUUUUAAAGAGAAACAUAUAAAUAUAUGAUGUUAAUACCUGCUGAUCUUAUACAGAAUCCGAGUGCUGUGAUAGAAAGCUAAUAAAACAAUGUUGUUGAUUCAAA